AUGGACGGCGCGAAUGCGGCUCAGAAGAGCCUUCGCGCGUCGAAAGAGGAGGUCCAGAUGGUCCGCGAGCAAUGGACGGCGGCGCAAGGCGCGCUGAUGACCACUCAGGAGGAGCUUACGAGUCUGCAGGAGCAGCUGCGGAAAGCGCAGGGGGAGGCGCGGGAGGCGCAGGAAGGGCGCGCGGCGGCGCAGCACGCGCUGCAGGCGCUGGGGGAGCGGGUGAAGGCGGCGGAGGCGGAGAAGCGGAGUGAUCAGGCGGAGCAGCGGCGCGCGCAGGAGGUGGUGGCGCGCGCGGAGCAGCAGCUGAAAGCCGCGCAGGCGGAGCGCGAGAAGGCGAUGGAGGCUUUGAGUGCUGCGCGGAGAGAGCUGGAGGGGUCUCGGGCAGACGGGGAAAAGAUGGCCGGGCAGCUGAAAGCAAUUCAUGUGGAAUUGGAAGCUUCGAAGGAAGAUGGGAGCAAGUUGCAGGCGCUGGUUGCGGACUUGCAGAGGAAGCUUCCUGUAGUGGAGCAGGAAAAGGAAGGGCUGAGGGGGGAUAAGGAGAAGUUGGAAUCGGAGAUUAAGGGCGCUAAGAAGGAGCUGGGGGAAGUCAAAUCGGAGCUAGAAAAGGCGAGGGAGGAGGCUGGAAAGGCCCAGUGUGAGGCGACGAACAAGGGCGCGCAGGUGGAGGAGUUGCUUCAGGCGCAGACGGUGCUUCAGGGGGAGGUUGAGAAGGCCAAGGCAGCGGAAGCAGAGGCGCAGGAAGAACUGGGGAAGGUGCGAUGCGAGGCGACGAACAAGGGCGCGCAGUUGGAGGAGCUGCUUCAGGCGCAGACGGCGCUUCAGGGGAGAUUGAGAAGGCCAAGGCAGCGGCAGCAGAGGCGCAGGAAGAACUUGGGGAAGCUGAAGGGCAUGCGAGGGGCCAUGGAUCACGUGCAGAAGGCUGCUUCGGAGACAGAGGAGGUAAGUGAGAUCUCGCCGCCAAGUCAGAUUCCCUCAAAGGACCAGCUGGCAGCCGCGCAGGCUGAGCUGGCAUCGGCCAAAUCCUCGCUGGAGAAGGAGAUUCAUUCGAGAGAGGCAGCGCAGAGAGAAGCAGAGGAAGGCUCGAGCGCGUUGGACUCUUUCCAGGAAAGUGCCGGGAAGGAGCAGCAGCAGGCUGGGAGCUGUGGCAGCAGCUUCUAG